GUCCUUGGCCUCCCAUCUGUCCUUGACCUCCUUGGGCCACCCCUACUUCCAGCCACCUACUCCCAAGGGCCUGAUCCCAGGCUGGACCAACUUAAAGAUGCCAGUUGCUCCUGGCAGCCCCGGCUGUUGGGGCAAAUCCUGGUGCCAUCAGGGGCUGCGGGGAGCCCCCGAGGCCUGCACUGCUCACCAGAUGGCCUCCUCUUCUUGACGGCUGGUGCUGCAUCCUGUGUCCAUGUGCUGGAUCUUGAGGGACGUUCCAUUUGUCAACUACCCUGCCGCGUGCCUGGAACUGGAGCCUUUGUUCCAGAGGAUGUGGCUGUGACAGCUUCAGGGCUUGUGGUAGUCAGUGACCUCAUCCACGGGGCUGUGUAUGCUCUCCAGUACACUUCCCGGGAACCUCAGGGCCGCUGGGUGACUGUAGGCACGUUCUUGUCACCCCGAGGGCUGGCUGUGGAUGCUCUUGGCCACUUCCUGGUGACAGACUACUUGCCUGGAACUGUGCACAGCUUCCUGUUGGGACCAACCUGGGAACCCCUUGCUCCAGCCUCCAUGCUAGGUCUGGAGGGUCCCUGUUGGGUAGGUCCAGGGCCUGAUGGGGGCCUUGCUGUGAGUGAAGAGUUUGGAGAUGUGCAGCUGUUUGGCAGUGCCUAUCAGCCUCUGGGUUCCCUAGGAACCCUGACUGGGCAUAGAUUUGGCCAUCCAGCAGGUGUGUGCUCUGACACAGAAGGUAGCAUUAUUGUGGCUGAUGAGCAGAGACAUCAAGUGACUCUGUUUCCCCGGGUUGGGCCACCCAAAUGCUUGCAGUUGGAAGGACUAGAGAGGCCCUUGGGUAUGGCCUGUGCACCCCAGGGCCAACUGGUGGUGGCAGAUGCAGGGGGCAACUGCAUCAAGGUGUACCAGUAUCUUGGGGAGAUGGCCUAAGGGUAGACUGAGGAAAAUGGCCUCCUGCCAUGACUGGUCAGGCCUGAAUCCCUUGAACUAUCAUGGAAUGCUCCUUGGGGCUGCUAUGCCUUCUUCCUGCUACUUGGUCUUAGCUGGCUUUGUGAUUUCCUCUUGGCAAGUGCUCCUGUCUCCCCAGAAGCCAUGAAUCGCCACCUCCUGAUGAGGCUCUUAACUGGGCCAUUUCUACUUCCCUGUUUGGUAUGCCUAUAGCCCUUCAUUCCCUACAAAGUCCAAGGGCUAUCUAGUCCCUGGCUCUGCUAGCUUGGG